GUAAAACAUUAUAUCUAAAUGCAUAAAAAACAUAUGCAUUUAUUCAAAUAUUCAUGCUUUUUAUUUUUAGAAUUUCUCCUGAACAUGUUUCUGCUUCCUAUUAGGACACUUACUACACAAAAAGGUUGAAAUAAUGUAAUUUAGCCACAGAUGAACUAUUCACACUGCGGCUGUGAAAACUUUGCAUGCUCUGUAACUCACAUGGACUCACAAAACUGACAAGUUUCCUAGUUUUCUUUUUUUUCACCCUGGCAAAAAUAAAUAAAUAAAAACUGACAUUUUGUCAUUCCAAAGCAGAAUGGCAAACAACCCUUUCAGGUCUGAAUCAUUUCCUGUUGUGCUGUAGCUCAGAGGGUUGUUUCCUGCCUGCUGCUCCACAACCUUUAGCACAGCAUCUAAACACUUGCUAAAAAUAGCCACCCGCUGAACAAAACUUUUUGCACAUAAAAUCAAACUGCAGGAAACCUGAUUCUCUGCAGAAGACUUACUGAAAGCAAAGACUGUUCUGUAUCUGAGGGAAAGUUGGACAAGGGAGGCAGUAUACUCUCUGAUUUUACAGCUUUCCGCUGUGAUGAUGAAAAAGCAGAAGGGAGGGGGAUAAUUUUGAUCACAUGGCCACGGAGUCAUUCUAAAAGUAUGCUAGCGUGGUACUGCCCACAGAAGUCUAAAAACUGCUCACCAGAAGCUGCUGCUUCCAUGACACCAUCAUUUUCAGAGCCACGAGUUAAACAGGCUUUUCUAGCUACUGGAGACACCAAACGGACGAGAAGACGCGGAGAGCAAACAUGUCUGAUUCAACCACAAACUCCUCCCAGACCAGCACGGCUUUUCAAUCUCUCUCCAGUCCCACCUUCAGCCCAACCACUGCCCUCACAUCUGGCUCAGGAACUUCCUCAAACUUUGUCUUUGACAUCACAGCAGCCAAUGACUUAACCUCCAGAGCAAACUACGUCUAUAGUUUCUUUGCUGCCCUGGGCUUCGGCGCCGGCUGCUUUGUCUUCUACAGCUUCAUCCAGACCUACAGAGCUCAGAGACGCCUGGCCUGGCUUGACUGCCUCCUCUGGGUCUUCUGUGGCUUCCAGCUUCUGCUCCUGCUUCUGUCUCUCCAUAUUGUGGUCUACAGACCUAAUUAUAUGCCGGGCGCGGAUUUGGGCUGCGCAGCCCUCUCCUUCACAGUCAAUGUGGCCUCUCUGUGCGGCUUGCUGAUCCUAGUACUCAUGGCAUUCGUCCUCACUCUGGAUCCGCCAUCAAACGCCCCACUAAGGAAGUCGACGGUAUGUGCGGCGCUGGUGAUUUUGACAUCUGCUCUAAUAUCCCUGCUGCUGGCCGGACUUCGAGGUCAGCAGGAGGAGGAGAAGAACUGUGUUAUGGACCCAGUCCAAGCUGGUGUUUCAUAUGCAGCUGCAAAGAUGUCUUUGGCUUUUCUGGGUCCCUACAUGCUCCAACUCGGACUUCUGAUAAGUGGCUGUGUUCGGCAGUGGAAAUCUAAAGGACGCUUCCUGUCCGGCUCUGAGGAAGGCCCCGUCUUUCUGACCGUUACAGUGUUUAUGUUUGUCUGCCAGCUGUUCUACAGCGUGGUGUUGGUGAGAGGAACUCUGCUCGACCCAGACAGGAAGGAGAACCGUAUGGAACGAGCCUUUCUGACUGUGGCCGAGUGCGUGCUGUUCUCCGGCAGCAGCUUCAGUCUGAUGCUCGUGCUCCUGCUGCACAGGCCGAGUCGAGAGAGUCUCCAUGGGGUGAUGAGGCAGCUGAGGGACUGCUGUCGGAGGCCCAGGCGUGCACAGCCAAACAGAAACAUCAUAUCUCCACACAUCGAGAUCACAGACACUCUGCAGGACAUAGAGUCAUAAAUGGAAAUGUCCUCGGUUCGAGACGACAGAACAAAGCAUGGUCCGGCAUGAGGUCUGGUCUCUCAGUGUGAUAUCUGAGUAAAAACACCAGUUUCACUCUACUUACAAUAAAAUAAAAAAAAUAAAAAAAGUAAAGCAACAAUUACACCUCCUGCUGCUAAAAUACUCAACAUAUAGAUUGUUACAUUUGCAAUUAUUUAUUGCUAUUUUGAUUUUGAUAUUAAGUUUAGAUUUAACAGCCAUUAAACUCAGGAGUUUAUUACCCCUUUUACCUGCUCUGCUCUAAGGAACAAGCUGAUAUUAGCUGGUUGAUUAGUUGGGCUAUCCGCUCCGGUAGCCAGCCUGCAGUCUGCUAGCUUAAGAGAUGCAGCUUUACCACAAUCAGACUGUUAGGUGGCUUCUGUUUCCAAACAGCUGAAUUCAUCUCUGUGUAAGCAAAACCAAGGCCUUCUUUCAGCCAGCUGAGUGGCAAUGUGCAGUAACAUGUGGGGGAGGGGGCAGCCUCUCAUUAAAGACUGUGUGUUGUAGGAACGGUGUGACAGAAACCAUUUUCUUUAAUCCUUAGUAGACCUUGAUUCUGCUAACUGGUCCAAGUUGUAUAUAAUAUUUCUAAAUGUGUAUUUCCCCUUUCCAUUUAAUGGACGUUAAGAAAGCUGUAUACAAAGAUAUUUUUGCUAUAUAAUUUUUAUUGAAGUAAAUAAAUUAUGCAUUUCCAGGUUA